AUGGUAAAAUGUGGGUUAAUAUGGAACAUUCAGCAGCAUCUGGAACAACAGCUCUGGGCGCGAGGGAGCCCGCAGCCAAACCCAGGCCCCGCCGCCCCGGCCUCGGGCCGGCUGCCAGGAGUUCGAGCCUCCCAGUCCGGAUGUGAUGAAACGAAGCCGAGAGAGAAGCGUCUGAAGAGGGUGGCAGUGGUGGAAGCCAGCGGGGAAGGAGAGUUAGUUGGGGUCCAAAGUCCCGGAGGGGAGCCGGCCGGAGUGAGCUGGCUGGAAAGGGGGCGGAGUGCGCGCAGUCAGAGCUGCCGUCGCCGCCGCAGUCUGGGCCGAGCCACAGGAGAAAAAUGUAACAAGGACCAAACUGAGAAAGAUGUAACUCACGCUAUCAAUCCACACUUCGCAUAUGAAGAGAGUCAAGACCAGCCCUUGUGGGGGAAUCCUUCAGAUGGUGAACUCAUCAGAACCCAACCUCAGCGCUUGCCUCUGCUGCAAACUUCAGCACAGGAACCGGGUGAAGAGGAAAUAGGCAAGAUAAAGAAAGGAGGCCAAGCAAAUCUGAGCAAUGGCAAUGGAAUUCACCAUGGGGCCAAGCAUGCAUCUGCAGAAAAUCACAAACUUUCAGCUCCUGUUUCUCAAAAAAUGCAUAGAAAAAUUCAGUCCAGCUUAUCUGUAAAUAAUGAUAUCAGUAAGAAGAGCAAAGUAAAUGCUGUCUUUUCCCAAAAGACAGGCUCUUCACCUGAAGACUGCUGUGUCCACUGCAUCCUGGCGUGCCUGUUCUGUGAAUUCCUGACGCUCUGCAACAUUGUCCUGGGCCAAGCCUCCUGCGGCAUCUGCACGUCGGAAGCCUGCUGCUGCUGUUGUGGCGACGACCUGGGGGAGGACUGUAACUGCCCGUGCGACAUGGAUUGUGGCAUCAUGGAUGCCUGUUGUGAAUCAUCAGACUGUUUGGAAAUCUGUAUGGAAUGCUGCGGAAUCUGUUUUCCUUCCUAAGUAUUUAUCUUUUGUUUGUGUUAAAACUGGAGAACAUUUUAAAAAUUCUCUUCGAAGGGUUUGAAAAACAUGGUAAGGUUCUAGUGAAACAACUCAGUAUUUGCACUGUUUGCUCAUUAUUUUUAAGUAAUCUCUGAAACCUUUUCUUUCCCCACCAAUCUAUAUGGUUUAAUAUGUGAAAUUUUAUCUAUUGUGACUGAUUUUGAAACUUCUUGAUGGAGUAAACUGAAGUAGAGUUCACACGCACACACACACACACACACACACACACA